UGAGUCCCCCCAGAGCAGCUUGGCUCACCAUGCAUGCAGAGGAAGCAACCAGAGCAAGGUCUCCCGAGGCAGGUCCGGGGGUUCUGGAGGAGCUGCUGACCUAUGAUGACCUUUUCCUGGAGUAUUUCAAUGCCUUCCUGGCUCUGCCUGCCUUUCCUUUGAGACUGCGCUACGACCGGCUCAGGGGGCAGCUGCAGGAGCUGGAUGGCUUCCUCCCAGAGUCUCCCAGCCAGCCGGGGAUGAAGCCAAGCUCUCCUCACUAUGGAGCCACUGACGCAGAGAGAGAAAGGAUCCUGGGCUGGCUGAGGAGGGAGCGCUUACCCCCUUUUCAGAGGACGGCCCUUUACCUGGAGUACAAGCUGGCAAAGCUGCUGAUUCGUCCUCUGGAUGAAGGCUACCCAGUGAGCCGGCAUGAGAUUCGUGGGUACAGCCGGCAGUCUGAGAGCACUGCUGUCUCCAGCAUUCCCAGUCACCCAUCAACAGCUGGGCUGCCCACCAGAGUCCCCAGCCUCGGGCUGUGGAGGCCUCCUAGUCAGACCCGCAGCACUCCAGCCCACCUAGAAGGCUCCGUGGAUGGCUGGACUAAUGCUGGUGGGUCCGAGAGAUCCCUUGAUGGCCUGACCAGAGCCGCCUCUAGCUCUUCACCCACGGCAGGGCAACACUUGGGCAGGCACCAAGGGGAGCUGGCCUCAGGCACUAGGAAGGUGCUGCAGUUUGACCGGGACGAAUUAAACACCUCUGACAGAGGGGAGGAAUACUGGCUGCUCCCUGGCUUUGGCCGUUCCGCUCUGCAGCAGCUGAAGGAGAACGUGCUGGGGACAAGGGCUGGCAUGGAUUGCUUCAAGGAGUUUCUCCAUGGUACCCUGGGGAUCCACCUCCUUCACUUCUGGAUGGACUGUGAGGAUGUCAUGGAGUGCACCAAGCGCUUAGAGGCCAGUACUGCCCAGCAGGAAGCUCAGAUCCUCUGUGUCAGUCUCUGCCGGAACAUUCAAGAUAAGUACAAGCUGAGUCUGUCUCUGGCCUCUCAGGAGCCGAUGUGCGAGGCUCAGGGCGGCGUCGAGGCAACUUUCAGUGCCUUCAGCAGGAGCCAGUAUGAUGCUCUGAGACGUCUGCGCACCUACUGGGUUCCCAGGUUUCUCCUCCACCACCAGAGAACCAGACACCUCAGGACUGUCCCCACCUCAGGCUCCCAGACCAAGCCUAGGCCGCCAAUGAACACUGACUUCCUGCCUUCGCUCAAGGUGUUUGCGUCGCUUCCUGUUGUGGGUGACGGCUGCAUGAGCCACACGAACAGAAGCGCAGACUGGUUCAGCCUUCCGCACUCUGGUACAAGCUGGCGAGGCAGGAUUGUGUCAGCUCGGCAGCCAGACCUCUCAUGGAAUCUCUCUGACACACCGCUGACCUCCCACCUCCUCCAAGCACUAAUGUGUGAUCCUGGGGCUGGGGGGAGCUUUCUUCACUACCUGACCAGGUUUGAGGAUACUCAGAAGGUCCAUAACCUCCAGCUGUGGCAAGCGCUGGAGGAGCACCAGGCCACUUGGGAGUGGCAGGCAGACCAGCUCAAGCCCCACCGCUCAGCCUGGCAGAUCUUCCACAAGUACUUGGUGCAUGGUGCGCCAUGUGAUGUUGGACUCAGCUCUGAUAUGCCACAUUACAUCCAGCAUCUCCAGGAGAUGCUCAGCUCCAGCAACCAACCUCUGGAGCCUUUGGCCUUGGAGCCAGUGGCUCAGCACGUGCUCGCUGUUCUCUGUGAGGCCUGGCUCCGCUACCUCCGCUAUGAGAUAGCCACCUUCCUGGAGUACUGCAUCCCAGUCUCUUACGUGGAAGUGCAGGAUGUCAGGAGCAAAAACAGUAGACUAAAGCAGAGAAGAGACAGGAAGAGGAAGGAAAAUACCAGCUUUCAUGCCCAGGAAGGCAGAAAGCAGCAGAGGAGGCACCGAAAGAAAGCUGCAGCCGAGCCCCAGCGCUUAGGCCACGCUGGCCUGGCAAGUGGGAAAGGGUCAGUGACACCCCAGCGUGCCCUGGACCUGCUCAACAACAAGGUGGUUUUCAAAUCCUAUAGAAAGGCAGCUCAGGAAAUGCAAGAUGCAGGGCUCCAGAGGGUGCUGGGGCUGUUGGAGAAGCUGGAGCGGUGCCAGGCAGCCCCAGAGGGCAGGAAGCGGCUGAGCUGUGUGCUGAAGUUCCUGGACCUCUGGGACCAGCAAGGGGCUGGGCCACUGAGCCCUCGCCUCCCCAGGGAGCUGAGGAAGAGACUGAGGGCAGAGGUGGGCCAGGGAGGAGUAAGCCACUCAAGCAUAGAAGAAAUCCAAGCUGCCUUGUAUGCGCACGUUGCUCCGGCCUUCGAGAGCUUCUGGGCUGAGGUGAGUGAGGGGCUGGGCAGGCAUGGAAUACAGCCCUCCCAGAUCCAAGACGAGGGCUGGCCCAAGCUUCAGCCACUCCUACAUUUGCUGGCUGCCAAGGUGGCCCUCAAGCAUCUAAGGAACAGGAAAGCCGCGGUGAGGUCAGCAGCUACAGCCCAGCCCAGCCAGGAAGACAAAGCCUCCUUCUGCCAAUUCCUCAGGGCUGCUGCCAAAGGCUGGCCCACCCUGGAGAUGCUGCACUUCCUCAAACAUCUGCAGGUCCAUGGCCCCCCUGUGCUGGAGCAUGGCCUGCACUUCCAGCUGGAGGUGCAGAAGUUCAAGAACGCCCAUCACGCCAUGCCAGACAGGGCUGUCCUGAGGAAGAAGGUGCAGGUGAUCCGCAACUGCUUCCUUGUCUCCCAGCUGGAGCCCCGGCUGCAGGUGGUGGUGGAUGCUGAGAAGUUGGGGAGAGCUAUCCGGGCAGCUGAGCAGGCUCUCCAGCAGGAUGCCCCAGCACCACCUCCUGGCCUGUUUGAUGAGCUGAGGGACUCCGUCUUCAACACCCUACUGCCGUACUGGGCUGGGUUCCGAAAGGCCUGGCUGAAGUGGUCGCCUGAGAGUGCCCAGAGAGCCCCAGUGCUGAGAGCCCAGCAGCUCCUACAGCAGAGACGGGCCCUGUUUGAGCGGUCCCAGGGCCCACCACAAACAUUCCAGCUGCCUCCUCUGCAGCAGCAUGUAAACGUGAAGGGCAGCAAGCAGCAGGACGGCUUCACUUACACCUUCUCCGUCAGCAGGGGCAUUGCCCUGAAGGCCUCCAGCAGAGAAGAUAUGAGCACCUGCACUUCUGUGUUUGGAAAUGGCAAGACAUCAGCACGAGUUCAGCUUCCUUCCCUUCCUGAGGUACCGGUGCUGCUCUGA